AAGGUACCUAUUGAGUACUUAUACAAUCACUACGUUUUGAAUAAUUUGUGGGAAUAACUCUUCCCUUUAAUUAUUAGUGUAUAUAUAAACCUGAACAAUUUCGUUACAAUACAUGUUAACAAAAAACUAUUGUUUUAGCGAUUAUUCAUGCUUUUAUGUUUUAUUAUGAAUAGAAAACUUCAAAUAGUUUCUUUUAUAAUUAAAAAAAUAUCUUUAAUUUAUUAAAUAAAACAACAAUGAGGAAGUACUAAAAAUUAUAAGACGCUUUUCCUAGGUAGAUUAAGCACAAUGGACCAAUCAGGAACUUAUAAACAUCAUUUGGUGACUCGAGCCUCAACGACGCAACAUUUAGUUGAAUAUAUUGAAAAUUGCUUAACUACAGAAAAUGAAGUAUCCGAACAUUCAUAUCAUAAGAUUAUGGUAUAUCGUUGGGCUGAGAGUGAUGUAAAAUUAUUUGAAGUAUUAAGUGAAUAUUUUGUUGCAUCAUUUAUCCCAGUAGACUUUGAAACACAAAAUGUUGUUGCAACAUUCUACACCAGCAGCUUGUCAUUUGUUUUAAAGAUCAUAAAACUGGACUUUGUAUUCCCACACGCCAGGACCAUGUACAACAUCGACAUACUUUUUGAUGAUAAGACCUCGUAUAACCUUUUCGGACGAAGCAUUACAAUUGACAAUAUUGUUUCUGGUGUUGUAGCCUCAAGAUUCAAUGAAAUGAAUGAAUUGAAUUUAUCAUAUUUCUGCCAUGAUCCGGUAUUUGUGGAAAAGAAAGUUAAUUUUUAUAACUUGACACUUUUGUCAUACUUCAAAAUUCUUAUGAUAAGGAUGGGGAGGGACACAAGAUUAUUAAAUUUAAGUAACAAUAACUUAAGCCAAGUCCCGCUAAAUAUAUUAAAUUUCUUCAUCAAAGGACAACUAAUAGGAAUGAAUCUGAGCAAUAAUAAUAUUCCAUCAUUAGCCGAACUGCAAAGGAUUAGUAGUAAAAUAGAAAAGUUAUGGGUAGAGGGAAAUCCAUUGUGUGAAGAUCUGGACCCAAUCACAUACAUAAAACAGAUAGUUCAAAAGUUUCCAAGAUUAACUGAACUUGAUGGAAUAAAACUAAAUGAACAUGGCCUAAUGGUGCCCUUCUAUAAAAACUACCUUGCAGUACCAGAUAAGAAAACGAAGAUGUUAGUUGAGAAAUUUGUAUCACUUUACUUUUCACAUUACGAUUCGAAUCGACGGAAACUCGACUUGUUCUAUGAACCAAUGGCGCAACUGAUGCUUUCUACGUCUUUUUUAGACUCGGAAGAGAAUGAGGUGUACGCAGCACAUUCUAGAAAUAUGUUAAAUCAAGAAAAAAGACAAAAAAUGAUGAACAAUAAAAGGCGGUACGUGAAACGCGCAGAUAUAGUCACAGUUUUAGCGCAGCUGCCUAAGUCUUCGCAUGAUCUAACAAGUUUCAGCAUCGAUGUCUUGAAACAUGAUCAAAAAUGUUUAAUAUUAAUUAUAGAUGGUGUUUUCAAAGAGCAAGCCACAAACGUAACGCCAGAGCGAAUUUUACAAUUUAGAAGAACAUUUAUAUUUCAUGUACACUCGGUACAUACAAUGUCAUUUUAUAAUAUUGCUCAUGAAAUGUUUAGCGUGUCGUUAGCUUCGCCGGAAAUAGUAAAAAUCAGUUUUAAGAAUCCUAUAAGGAAUUUGAAUCAGUUGAAACUUAUUAAUCCUGAACAAGACGAAAAAGACAUAAUUUGUGCAGCGUUUAUGUAUUAUACGCAAUUAAAAAGAGUAGAAGCUGAAGCCCGCCUUCGAACGCAUGAUUGGGAUUUACGAGCAACACUAAAAGUAUUUGUAUCAGACUGUAAAAAUGACAUGAUUCAUCCAGAUAAAUUUGAAAAUAUGCAACAGUUGAUAGAUAAAAUUGAUUAAAUAAAGCAAUUUAUAAA